CGAUUGGUGCCGAUGUCGUUGAUGUUUUACUUUAUGGCGUUCGCGAACUCGAUCAUGGACGCCGUGAAGGACACGCUCGUCGUGACGGCGUUCGGGGGGGCGGAACAGAUUCCGUACCUGACGGUGUACGCGGUUUUGCCCACGAGUCUGCUGUUCGUGUCGCUGUUUGCGCGGUUGAGCUCGAAGUUUGGACGGGAAAAGUUGUUUUACAUGGCGGUGACGUUCUUCAUGUGCUUCUUCGCGCUGUUCACGGGGGUUUUGUAUCCGAUGCGAGACGUCUUACACCCGUACGAGUUGGCGGCGACGCUGGCGACGACGCUCCCGAGAGGUCUCGCGGGCGGCAUCGCCGUCUUCACGAACUGGACGUAUUCGCUCUUCUACGUCGCCGGCGAGCUUUGGGGUGAUGUCGUGUUAAGUCUGCUAUUUUGGGGUUUGGCGAACGAAAUCACGCGCGUGAGCGAGGCUGGUAUCAUUUAUCCUUUGCUCGGCAUCGGCGCCAACGUCGCGCAGGCGUGCUCGGGGCUCUUCAUGAAGUUUGUCACCACGCAGUGGCAUCCCGCGGGCGUGGCACCGGAAGACAUGUGGGCGGCAAAGUUAAAGUUGUUCAUGACCGUCGUCAUGUUCUGCGGAGCUUCCAUCAUGGCGUGCCACAAGUACAUUUGCGACGAAGCGAGAAAAGAUCCAAACUCGGCGAUGAUGGAAAAGCAGCGAGACUCUAAAACCCAAUCUGACGCAGACAAGGCGGCGAACAAGAAGACGAAGAAAGCCGGUUUGUUGUCUUCGUUGAUGUACGUCUUCGAAUCCCCCGAAGUCGCGUGUCUGGCCGUCAUGGCUGUCGCGCAAGGUUUGAGCUCCAUCAUCUUCCAAGUCGCUUGGAAGACGCAGUUGCGCAUAUACCGUCCAGAUCCCACCUCUUACGCCGCGUACAUGGGCGACGUACAAACGUACAGCGGAAUGGUUACCGGCAUCUUCAUGGUCGCCGCGCCGUUCUUGUUUAAGAAUCUUGGAUGGAAAGGGACGCUCUCGGUGACGCCGAAAACCGUCAUCGCUCUUGGGUGGGUGUUCUUUGGAACGUCCAUCUACGCCCUUCGUCACGGACAGCUCGCGCAGUCGUCCGCCAUCUUGCCUUGGCUCGUCUUAGGAGGCGCGGUGAUUUACAUCGUCGAGCGUGCGGCGAAGUUUUCUCUCUUCAAACCGGCUGAAGAGAUGGUGUACAUCACUCUCGACGAAGACAGUCGAACCAAAGGUAAAGCCGCGGUGGACGUCCUCGGCGCUCAAAUCGGUAAAACCGGUGGAUCCUUCAUGCAGCAAGGCUUAAUAUUCGCGUAUGGCUCCAUCAUCGGCGCCCUCCCCGUGCUCGUAUGCUGUCACAGCGCCAUCGCCAUCUGCUGGCUCGUAGCCGUGAACGCCCUC